UUUUGGAAUCUGUCAUUUCAGGCUGGAUUCACGCUGUCCUCACAUCUCAGGAUUGUAUGGCUUUUGGAGGGAACUUUUUGCACAACCUCAAUAUUGGCAUGCAGCUCAGGUGUUACGAAAUGGAGAAGAGGCUAAAAACCCCGGAUCUUUUCAAAUUUCCUUUCUUUGAAGCCAUCUGUUGGUUUGUGGCCAAAAACUUACUGGAAACAUUGAAAGAACUGAGGGAAGAUGGUUUCCAGCCGCCAAGCUAUUUAGUGCAAGGAGUGAAGGCUUUACUUACGGCUUUAAAAUUAUGGAUGAAAAAAGAACUUGUAACAGAACAUGCCUUUGAAAUUCCAGACAACAUUAGGCCUGGGCAUCUGAUAAAAGAGCUCUCAAAAGUGAUUCGUUCUGUAGAGGAGGAAAACAGCAAACUAGUUAAAACUCAGGGAAUUCUUGGUGUGUGUCCGACUUCACGGUCUUUGCAUGAAACAACUUCUCCUCACCACUCCAGACGAAGGGUGAGGAAACUGCGAGACCAUGCUACCAAAACUCCUUCUAAUCUGGACAUCCUGGAACUCCACACCAGAGAGGUACUGAAAAGGCUGGAGAUGUCACCGUGGGAGGAGGAUACAGCAAGCUCGAAACUGAACGGGAGAUUUAACAAGCCAUUUCAGCCAUCUUCUACAGUACCUGAAUGGCGAACGAAAGACAAUGAUCUUCGCCUUCUGCUGUCAAAUGGAAGAAUAAUUAGAGAUGAGAGACGCCCAUUUACAGAUCGAAGUCUUUACACAGCAGAUAGUGAAGAUGAAGAUGACAGGACAAGGUCGAAAAAGACAACUGUUAAGGUAGAAGACCAGCCCUCAGGACUUGAAGGAGAAGGGAAUUCAGAUGCCCAGAAACCACUGAAUAUGUUCUUUGAAAGUGUGAAAUCAGAACUCAGGAAUGGAUCCUCAGAGUACUCUGAUAUUUCUGAUUCAGAAGAAUCUGAGCCUGAUUGCACUACACAGCAGAAGGAUUCCUCCACAGAGGAGUCGGAAAGCUCAGGUGAUGAAGAGAAACAGGAAGUAACAUCAAAUUUCAAAGAGGAAUCCAAGGUCACGAGACACCUUUGUCAAAAUACCCAGAAGCCAUCCAGAAACGAAACUCCCAGUAAAAAGGAAUGUCCUACCUCGACAAGUACAGAAGAAGAAGCUAUUCAGGGCAUGCUUUCUAUGGCAGGAUUGCACUAUACUACAUGUUUACCAGGUCAUACUCAAAGCACAGACUGCACAGAUAAAAGAACCUCUCUUCAGGAACACAAAAGCUACCCCAGGAGUCGGCAUAAAGACAGACAGCCAUCUCAGAGCUGCAAAACAACAGAAUGUGGUAGGUCUGUGAAGGAAGAGGAAGGAGAGUUGGGGACUUCAGCAUGGGCCAGACAACUGAAUGAAGCUUCGAGGAUUACCCCUCAGGAUCCAAGUAAAACUCAAAAAUAUAUCAAGAAAGAGGGUGCAUCAGAAGCCAGUCAUAAGGUUCAGGAAAACAGAAGUAUAGUCCACAACAACAGCUUGAGUUUUCAGCAUAGCAAGUAUACACGAGACUCCAGUCUAAUUCAAGGAGAAUGUCGGCUGAGUGAUGGCAGCCUUAGCCCUGACAGGCCAUAUGGUGAAACAUCCUUGUCUGUACCACUUCACCCAACAAAGAGGCCAGCAUCAAAUCCACCCCCUAUCAGCAACCAGGCGACAAAAGGCAAACGUCCAAAGAAAGGAAUGGCAACUGCUAAACAACGCCUUGGGAAGAUCUUGAAGCUGAACCGGAAUGGCCAUGCACGCUUCUUUGUUUAAUGUAGCUGCUACUUCUACUACUGCUGUCUUUCCUACACAGACCAGUAUUGAGGUCAACAGAGCCUGGAGCUGCUGUUAUUCCUCUGCUUGAAGCAGACUUGCAUGUACCAUAUAUAAAACACUGCCUGAUGAACAAAAA